UAUUCAUUUUCCUUCUUCCUAAUUUAUCUCUUUCCAUUUUCGAGCCUUUCUUGAGACAAUAAUUUAACAAAUUUCUUCUCAUCUUCUUCCUCCAACCAAAUCUGCCUUUCUCAAUUAGCCAUGGGCGUCGCCGUUCUAAAUCCUCAAGAUUGCUUGAAAGAUCCUUUCUCUCACAUGAAACACCAUCGCAAUCCUAGCGCAUGCCCCAACAAGCAGAAGAAGCCGGUUUCCAACAACCGUACACGUCGGAGUCCUCCUCGCAAUCAAUCCACCAGAUCUUCUCCUUCUCCUCCUCCUGUAGCACCGCCGCUUCCUCCUCCUCGUGCGGCCGUCUCUGCUUUCGUUCCAAAAAGAACCGUUAAGAAGAGUCCUAGCAACACCGUAGUCGUUAGCCAGGUGAGAAUCCUGAAGCGCGGCGAAGAAAUCCCCAAGGAGGCUUCAGAUCUGGCUGUUGAAAUGUCAGAUCUGGGAUCUACUCGUCGGAUUGGACCAGAUCCGGGUUUGAUUCCGAGUCAGAUCCGUUUAUCUGGCCACAAAUCGAAAUCAGCACCGUUUUACGCCGGUCCUGUGACCAUGACAUCACCGCCUCCGAGCGAUGUACCGCUUCCUGCCUUUUUCACGAAGAAGGCAACCAACGAUCUCAUCAGGAUCCUUCGCCUAGACAUCGCCUGACGGUGUCUGUCGCCGAUCAUUUUAGAUUUUAAAAAUCUCCGGUGAUCCAACUUGUUACUCAAGUGUUACAAUUCCAUUUCCCGAUCGUCAGAAUCCGCAUAAAACCGGAGAUCUACAAGAAAAAUAUAAUCUCCAGACGAUGAAUCUAGAAGAUGAAGAAACACACAUCUUCGUUAUGAACCGUUUCGAAUCUUCCCUUAUUUUUUCAAGGGGCAAGAUCGAAAUAUCUUCUUAACAGGUCUUAGUUUCUCUUCUUAGGGUUUAGUGUUUGUGUAGGAGUAUAUGUGCAUAGAGACUUUUACUAGUUUUCGUUUCUUUCUCUGUAUCUUUGGGUUUUUAAUUCUGCUUAAUCGUCAGCUUCUCUGGGUAAAUCUUAGUUUCGUACUUUGUGUCUUUGUCAUUUCGUUUGUGUCUGAGUGAAUUAGUAGGUCGUAAGACAAGGUAUAGAGAUGUGUCUACUGGUAAGAUGAUGUUUAGGUUUCGAUGUAAUCGUCUUCGGUAUUGCGAUUCUCUGUAUUUCUUCUAUCUUUAAGUUUAAGUUUUAUUUGGGGUUUCUUCUUCAUUUGGGUCUCUAUCUGUUGUUCCUUAAGGUUCUUCGUUUGUUUCCGUGUCGUCUAGGUUUAGUCAAAGUAAAGAGAUGUAUUUACUGGUUAGAUGAAGCUUAAGGUUUCCAUAUAAUCCUUGUACUACAAAUUCUCUGUACUUCUCUAUCUUUAAUACUAUCGAAUUUAAGUUUUAUC